UAUGUUGUAAAGAUUAUGAAUACGAUUCAGCUGGUGGGGAGCUGAGAAAGCAGUAUCUGCCUUCAUAGGCUUAAAUGUACACAUGUAUGCUCUCACCUGAAUUUCCUUGGCUCUUCUUUCCUCUCUUCCUAACUAGAUCUGUGGCGGCAGCGAUGGAAAGCUUCAGACGGCAGCUUGCUUGGGAACUGCUGGGCGGAAGCUGAAUAGUGGAGCAGCUUACCAGACUGUUUCUGUCUCCUAUUUUUUCUUCCUUCCCCUCAGGACAAGGUUUAUAUUUAUCCAACAACAAUGAAGGUCCUUCUGGUUUUUGAUUUUGACCAUACAGUUGUAGAUGAAAACAGUGAUACUUGGAUUGUGAAAUGUGCACCAGCUUCCAAGCUUCCUGAUGAAAUUAAAAAUUCCUAUCGAAAAGGAUACUGGACAGAAUAUAUGGGCAGAGUCUUCAGAUACCUGUGGGACAUUGGCAUAAGAGAAGAUGAGAUGAAAAGAGCUAUGACAGCAAUCCCUUUUACUGCAGGAAUGAAAGAGCUGCUAGAUUUUAUUGGCAAGCACAAAGACAUUUUUGACUGCAUAAUUAUAUCGGAUUCCAAUGCAAUAUUUAUUGAUUGGAUUUUAAAAGCUGCUGAUGUAUCUCAAGUAUUUGAUGAAGUGUUUACAAAUCCCGCCAGUUUCAAUGACGGUGGCUCUCUCACUGUGCAGAAUUGUCACGCUCAUGAUUGCGCAAAGUGUCCUGUAAACCUCUGCAAGAGAAAAGUCUUGGAAGACUUCCUAGAACAUUUAAAGCCCAAGGUGAAAUACUCACAAGUUAUAUAUAUAGGCGAUGGUGGGAAUGACCUGUGCCCAGUAAUGUGUUUGAAAAAAAGCGAUGUUGUUAUGCCAAGACAAGGGUAUAUGUUGGAGAGCUUGAUUUCUCAGUUGUCUCAGAAUCUUGUUCCCAUGGAGGCAUCGGUUGUCGUCUGGUCAUCUGGAUUUGAGAUACUGGCCUACUUAGAAGUACUUACAAAAGGAUAGAACUAAUUAAUACUGGGUGGUGCUUUCUGAAUCUUACAGCAGAAUCGUUUCUUUAUGAAUGUUAGAAAAAAAUAACUUUGUUUAUGCUACUUUGAUUCACUGUCUUCCCUUGUGCAAACUCGGUGGGGUGGGGUUCCUGAGAAAGGAGGGAAAUUCAUCAAAAGCAGCAGAUGCCGAAGGUUGCAUUUCUAUAGACACUUACCAGCAAGUCCCGUUGAACCCUAGAGGGCUUACUUCUGAGUAGACAUGUAUAGGAUUGCACUGGAAGUCGUCGUUAAAUGUACUUGCCAUGUAAUAGCUAUGUUACAAUGAGAUAAGCUGUCGGUAGGGUAUGUUUCAUGAGAUGUAGAAACUUUUUCCCCUCUAAUUAUCUGAUGGAGAGGAGAAAUUUAGCAAGAGCUAUAGCUAGCGUUGCACUGUGGUGCCUCAGUGCCACGUUCAGCAACAGCUAUCCAUUUAAGAUGAUAGGUAUCCCUAUGAGCUAACUUUUAAAAGAUUGUUAAUAUCAUGUGAGUUGUGGCUUUGGCUUUUGGUCUUGUGAACAUCCCUCACCCGGAGCGCCUUGCAACCAUUACAAUUCAGCUGCUAUUUGCAAGAAACGUAAAACUUCCACACUAUGUGAGUAACAAGCCAUUUCUGUAUAACCUUCUGAAGCUCUUUCUUGAGGGAGAGUUGCUUCCCUUAGUCACAAAAUCAGCCUAGAAACGGGGGCUAAUUUUGUCGCACGCACAUCUCAUCCCAACGUGGCUCUUUUACAUUAUUUAGCAAACAGCCAGCGUAAUUCAGUAUCGACCACUAAUCACAAAGUGAAAGCUGAUACCGUGUGUAGGCAGCAUUAACAAGGAAUAAAUGUGAGCAACGCUUGAAGGUUUCCUGUUGUCUGACUUCACGUGCCCAUGCAGUGUCUGCUUUAAUUGCAUAUGCCCUGUAAAUAAGUUAAAAGAGAUGAUGGAAUGAUACCUGUACUCCUUGUAACAGGUAAAAAAGGUGCUUCAUAUUAAUGCAGCCUUCCAUGUUUGCUUGGAAGUAAUUCUCGGUAAUUUCAAUAGGAUUUACUUCCAUGUAUGUGUGCAUAGGAUUGCAGCCUUUAAACAAGUCAGUUUUGCUAAAACAAGUGUCCUGUGUAUGAUAAUGUUGGAAAGGAGAAUGUAUCAAUCUGAUGCUGAUGCAUCUUAAUGAAAGUUCCUGUUACUGAGACACCAUGUUUUGUACCUCUUUGUAAUACCUCUGAGGAUAUUUACCCAGGAGUUUGUGGUCCAUCUUCCUAUGGCAUUUUAUUAGCAUUAGAAUGGUGUGUCUGAAAUGAAGGGUUUGAAAAGUGGCAUAUAUUGAUAAACAGUAUUGUGUUGACCAAACUUUUACCCUAUUGUGAAAGGUGAUUGUGUUAAAAUGUUUUGCUUAAUAUGUGGAAAAAAAUAUUUAGAUAAAUUGGUUUUCCUUCCAGUUUUUGAAAGCAUACACGAAGAGUAAAGAGCAUAACCUGGUAGGCUUCCAGAUUCUAGUAAUUUGGUGGCAAACAUCCCUUUGACAAGUUUACUUAGCAAUCUGCUAAAAUUCAAAUAUUGAGGUACAGUGAUCAGUGGAUUUCCUUGAAGAUCCAUUUCUUGCCCAGUUGUUAUUUUGUCUGCAUACAAUGUGCCUGCUGCGAUUUUUGGAGUAUGUAUAUUCUUUAAAAAUAAGAAAGAUAUAAAUUUAAUUUAUCCUGUUUGUAGUUUUGUAUUUAAGGAUUCAUGCUUAUAUAAAGAAUACUUAAUUAAAUAUUUUAUUAAGUAACUACAUUA